CAUACAUUUAACUCACUAUUUUCCGACCUUAAUCGCGCGAAAACCAGUGUAUGCAUCGAGUGACGUACUAAUAUGUUUGGUAAUUCGAUAUGAGGUGGAUGAUUCAUUCCAGAAUGCAUCGCAUUUAUUAAACAUCUUCAAAAUAAAUGGAUUUUCUUGUCAACUAAGAGGCAAAGUGUUCUUGUUUGAUACAUAGAAUAAAAGAAAAAGAUGUCCCAAUUAAGUAUUAGUACAGGAAAGAGAGGGAGGAGUGUUGCAAGCUCCUCUGCGUCUACAGUAUCAUCUCUAAGCAGCUCAACUGACUUAGCAAGUCUAUUUGAAUGUCCAGUUUGCUUUGAUUAUGUUCUUCCACCAAUCUUACAAUGCCAGAGUGGACACCUUGUUUGUAGUAAUUGCAGACCUAAACUCAACUGCUGUCCUACCUGUAGAGGUCCAUUAGGUAAUAUCCGCAAUCUGGCUAUGGAAAAAGUAGCAGGCAACGUGAUGUUUCCUUGCAAAUAUUCAACAAGUGGAUGCACAGUCUCAUUAGUGCAUACUGAAAAGGCAGAUCAUGAAGAUGCAUGUGAAUUCCGUCCAUACAGUUGUCCUUGUCCAGGUGCUUCUUGUAAAUGGCAAGGUUCUCUUGAACAAGUAAUGCCGCAUCUUGUUAUGAGUCACAAAAGCAUUACUACUCUUCAAGGAGAAGACAUUGUUUUUUUAGCCACAGAUAUUAAUCUUCCUGGUGCAGUGGAUUGGGUAAUGAUGCAAUCCUGUUUUGGUCAUCAUUUUAUGCUAGUGCUUGAAAAACAAGAGAAAUAUGAUGGACAUCAACAAUUUUUUGCAAUUGUUCAAUUGAUUGGAUCAAGGAAACAAGCAGAAAAUUUUGCUUAUAGACUAGAACUGAAUGGGCAUAAAAGACGCCUGACAUGGGAAGCUAUGCCGCGUUCGAUUCACGAAGGUGUUUCAUCUGCAAUUUUAAAUUCAGACUGCCUUGUAUUUGACACCUCCAUCGCGCAAUUAUUUGCCGAUAAUGGAAAUCUAGGAAUUAAUGUUACAAUUUCUAUGGCAUGAGGAAAGCUGGAAAAAGCAGUGUAAAAUCUUUUAAACGUAUCGUGCAGAGUUUGUACUGAUUACCCGUUAUGUACAUAUAGCAUUUUUUUUACGUUACCACAGAUAAAUAUUAGCAAUAUGGAUGUUAGGAAAUGUUUGGAAUGUGUUGAUGAAGCACAGUAAUCAAACGCUCAGUAACAGGAUCUCUCUAUAGAAGCUUUAAAGUGUACUUGUAUAUGAUAUUAACACUACACAUUGAAACAAUAAACAAUCUUUCAGUAUACUUAUGCUGACUUUAAAGCUUUAGCACUGAGUAUAACAUCAAUUCCAAAAUGUACCUGACACCUAUUGCACAUCGUUAUCGUGUUCUUUUAGUCACAUUUUACUGAGACAAUUUUUAUAGAAGCAAUUCUCUUUUUAAUUUUGAUGCUUUCUAAUGUAAACACAUUCUUUAUAGAAAUAACGUUAUAUUUUACGAAAAGAAAUAUAGUUUUCAUUAAAUGAUCAAUUAUGAUCU